AUGCAAGCGACUAUGGGUACCGCCGGAUAUGGAAUGUUCUUCAUGUUUGGUUCCUUUUGUGUCAUCAUGACUUUGUUUACUUGGCUUUUCAUCCCUGAGACCAAAGGACUGAGUCGGGAAAGGAUGGAUGAGUUUUUUGAUUCCUCAACCCCAAAGGCUGACCCUGAGAUAUCAGAAGAGCUGGAUAGAAGCAUCUGUGAAGUUGAAGCUGGGAAGAACUAA